GUCACCUGUCAAACCCGUCAAUCGACUUAUCUAACCUCACCACUUUAUUUUCGUUUAAAACCGGCGCCUUGUUAGUGAUUAUUGAUUAAUAACCCCCAAAAUGGACGAAAACCCCCAAAAAGGCCCCAUUUGUUUGAUCGUUUUAGGCAUGGCAGGCUCCGGCAAAACUUCCCUCGUCACCCGAUUAACGAACUCCCCGAAGAAGCCCUACGUUAUAAAUCUGGACCCCGCAUGCAUCCAGUUACCGUAUUUCGCCAACAUUGACAUCAGAGACACCGUCAACUACAAAGAAGUCAUGAAACAAUAUAAACUGGGCCCGAAUGGGGCCAUCGUGACCUCGCUUAACCUAUUCUCGACGAAGUUCUCCGAAGUCAUCGGGUUUGUGGAAAAGUCACCCAACGAACUGUGCAUUUUGGACACCCCAGGACAGAUUGAGGUGUUCACUUGGUCAGUUUCCGGUUCUAUUAUCACGGAAACUUUGGCUUCGAGUUUACCCACUGCUAUUUUGUACGUUGUGGACUGCGUCCGCAGCACCUCGCCGGUGACUUUCAUGUCCAACAUGCUCUACGCGUGUUCGAUUUUAUACAAAACUCGGCUACCGUUUAUUAUUGUUAUGAACAAAGUGGAUAUAGUUGAUCAUUCGUACGCUGUCGACUGGAUGAAUGACUUUGAGUCGUUCCAACAGGCUUUGGAAGCCGAUGAGAGCUACAUUAGCAACUUGACUCGCUCCAUGGCGCUGACUCUCGAUGAGUUCUACCGAAAUUUGAAAGUUUGUGGGGUGAGCGCAGCCACGGGACAGGGGGUUGAGGACUUGUAUAAAUUAAUAGAGGAGGCGCGGGUGUCAUACGAACAGGAGUACCGAAGCGAAUGGGAAAAAAUUAAGACGAAGAUUGAGGUUCAAAAAAACGAAAAAGCGGAAAUUUCUGGUGGUCAGUGUUUUACUUUGUCGGCUGGUGCGGAACUCUCAGAUGUGUUUCUGAGGCGUCCGGGGAAUGUGAGUAGUUCAGACUCGGAAGGGGAGGAGGUUCCAUUUCAAAUUGCCGAAGAAGAUGUAGAAGCUAACACUUUUAAGAGGGUUGUAAGGCAACAAAGAGAGAUGCAAAUAAAGAGGGCGAAGGAAGCGGAGAGUAAAAAGAAGGCGGCGGAAACCACGUAGUGUGUGAUUGUUUUGUAUUAACUUUUAAGAAUAAAGUGCGGUUAUUUUUCUAUUACAAA